GAUGUUGAGUUUUGUAGCUAUAUGUGAGAUGUUGAUUUUUUUAGAUAUAUAUUAAAUGUUGAGUUUAUUUGAAAUAUGAGAUGUUGAUUUACUUGAACACAUAUGACAUACUAGAUAUAUAUGAGAAUUUACAAUCAUUUGAGAUGAACUCAUAUAUGUUUAUUUGAGAUGAACUCAUAUAUGUUUAUUGUUUGAACUUUGUAAGGAUGGUUUGGCUUCUCGACAAUGCCAUUGACACACAACACCGGGCCUACAUGAUGCGCGAGAAGGGGCUGAAGCUUGAACCUCUGAAGAUUCGGUAUCACGGGGUCUCUGGUCCUGCCAUGCCUUACGAUGAGCGGUACACACCGUACAUCAAGCAGGCAGGACUACUCCCGUGGAUUCAGUUGGUCAGCCGGUCGACGCCGAAUCUGAACGCUCCACUGGUGUCCGCUCUUGCUGAUCGGUGGAGGCCGGAGACGCACAGUUUCCAUCUUCGGACUGGGGAGAAGACCGUGACGCUCGAGGAUGUCUCGUUGAUCACCGGUCUUGCUAUCGACGGGAUGCCUCUCUGUAUGAGCACCGAUUCUGAGGGUGGCGCGAGCAGAUGAUUGCUCUUAUCGGUAUGGCUCCUAUCGAGGCUGAGGCUGAUGUAGAGGAGGGA